AUCUUUCCAUUCAAUGAGUACAAAAAUAAUAUUUUGUGUUGCCAUGUGUAUCAAGAAAAUUUGAAUGCAAAACAUUAUUUUGGAAGUUUUACGUAAUGUUGUUCCUGCAAACUCACUAUACGGACUAGUUUUCGAAACUACAGAAAUGGAUAGCAACAGAGAACUAUCAAACUUGACGUUAUCUUCCAAGUUUAAUGUACUAAAAGAUAACAAACGAACACAUCGUAACAUUAUGUUUUAAAGAAAAUGGUGUCAUGGUUCAAUGUAAUCAAAUUAAAUUCUGCCACCCUAAACGACUAGUCAGCCUUGGGAAAUAUUGACUACUCAAAUCACACAGUCACGCUAAAUAGGACACGCGCAUUUGUGAUAAUUGUGGGAUAACGCCGUUGUUUAUCGCAAGUCUCGCACUGUGUACCUACAGUCAAGUUUCAUUUCAGGUAAACAUGGAAAAAUGGGAAGGAAAGGUUGCAAUUGUGACAGGUACAAGUUCCGGGAUCGGUCGGGCGAUUGCAACGCAAUUGGUUGAGGCGGGGGUGGACGUCGUUGGUAUUGCCAGACGCGAGGAUCGCGGAAGGGAACUUGAGUCGGUUUUGGCGGGGAAAAAAGGCAGAUACUACCAUAUUACCGGCGAUGUCUCUAAGGAGGAAGACGUGCUGAAAUCGUUCGGGUGGGUUACAGAAAAUUUGGGACCGGUUCACAUUUUGGUUAAUAACGCCGGUAUUACGCGAGAGAGUAGCUUGUAUGAUGGAGAAACGAGCAUGUGGAGGGAGGUUUUUGACACCAACGUUAUGGGUCUCUGCAUGAUGACCAGGGAAGCUAUAAAAGUGAUGCGAGCCAAUGAUAUAGCGGGUCAGAUAGUUCACAUAGGCAGUUUAGGGAGUCACAUAGUACUUCCCAUCAAAAAUUCAAACGUGUACUUCGGCAGCAAAUUUGCUGUAAAGGCUCUGGCAGAGACGCUACGGCAAGAGCUGAACACAAUCGGAAGCCAAAUUAAGAUAUCGAGUAUCAGUCCUGGCGUGGUCCAUACAGAAUUGUGUGACUACAAUCAAGACUUCAAGAACAUUACACAAUCAAUGGAUCCAUUAAAAUCGGAAGACAUUGCAGAUAUGGUCUUGUUUGUACUUUCGAGGCCGCCGCAUGUUCAGAUUCAAGACAUUUUAGUUAGACCAAUAACUCAACCAAUCUAGGAUAUUCACGAACCGUUUCUCAAACUGAUCGAAAUAUUCUUUAUGUAAAAUAAACGUUUUUAGAGUC